AAAAAAGUUAAUUGGUAUAAGAUCAUCAGAGCCCAAAAUCAGGUGCGGGCUGGACAAUUAAAGCCCGGUGUGGUGGCUGCCAAAAACCACGCCGACAUCGCAUGGUGCAUGGUGCCGCGUGGGUACUCACGCCGACCGCAACAUGCUGUAAUGUGUGUGGCCACUCCAGGACAGACGUUGCCAAUGCGUUAUCAACAUUUGCAGGGGAUAGCAGCACCAGGGCAGAGCCCCUAUGCACAAUGAUGGCCAGGGAUUGGGCCGACGAACGACCGGGCCAAUACUUUAAGCCCAUGUGCGGAGAGCUGCAAUGCCAAAGGACAAACUUAAUGUCAGCACGCUAAUCUGUCACUCACUGGGAAUGGAAUAUGACUGGCACUGGCAGUGGCGCAGAUAUAGGACAGCCUGGACAGACUGGAUAAGAUCUGCGACAUGCUCUAGCUACUUAAGGAGGAGCACUAUGGUUGCGUUUCGCUCCGCCUCGCUGCACAGCAGUGAAGCCCAGGCAGGAGAGCGUGAGGGGUGGAGUUUGACGCACUGCUUGACUUGCCAGCAGACACUUACGGGACCUACAAGCCAUCACCAGGCAUCGCCGUCAGUCCACGCCCCCCUCCUCAGGGCACGGAGCACCACGCGCCUUAUCAACUAUGCAAGGCUUUGUCUCUAAACGAUUGUGUGCCUGUACUAGCUCGGUGGCAACCUGUUUUUCUGUGUUCGAAAGCACCCAGCCCCAGCCCCAGCACCAGCGUCAGCGUCUUUUGUUGCGCUUAAUGAAUUUUACGUACAUUUUACGAGCGCUGAUUUCUGCCAGAGAGAACACUCCCCCAGCCAACCACCCACCCAGGCUAUUAAUCUACACUUUAGCGCGAGAACCGCCCUGACAAGGGUCAAGUGUAUUCCUGUUUGUGUUUGUGCCUUCACCAACUGUGUGUGUGUCAAGGAUCUGAGAAUUACCACAAGCAAGGGUGAUGGGUGAUAAGGGCCGGAAAGCCGACAGCAAAACGAUGAUGCGAUACUUUCUACUUUCCAAUUUCGUUUGCUUCUACUUUCUUCUUUUUGCAACACACACGAUUGCAAAGCGUUUUUCGGGAAUCAUGGAAACUCAAAUGGACGUAAUGCUAUCCAACGAGGAGAAAAAUGGAAUCGUUACCACCGUGCAUGUAUCGCCGUAUAUCCCGACCCAGGAAUACGUCACCGAAGAUCCGUUGUUUCACUGCACAUACUGUGGCAACAAGUUCAAGCACAAAGGACCCUAUAUCGUGCACGCUCGUUUCUGUAAGCGCCGCAGCGAGUUGCAUGCGGACCGAAAGUCACUGCAGGACAAACCACAUUUCAAAAUCUGUGAUAAGCGCAUCGGCACUGCGGUGGAAUCCGGACUAGAGGGACCCAAGAAAAGCUGCAUCGCUCAAGAGCAGACUGGAAAGUUCGAUCUGGAGACUCCUGCUACCAUAAAAAAAGUAUACACGUGUAUUUUCUGCAAGCAGCCUUUCUCCGUCGAGUUUGAGUUUGGAAAAAUACGUCGUCGCUAUGCCUGCAAUGAUUGCACCACAAAGAUCCGAGCCGAAGAGAAGAUACGCACAGCAGCUAAGUCGGAGACUCGAUUUUUGUGUGAGAAAUGCGGAAUGUUGUACAAACUGGAAGCCAAUUUUUUGCGACACAUGAACAAAUGCACGGGAUUUGACAAAAUUCGUAAAAAAAUACGUUGAAUAUAUUAUUUUAUGUAUAUCAAUAAUACAAUUUUGUACAAUCCAUGGAGUUUAU